UGUUUACGUCACGUCCCGAUGAAUGCUGGCGUUUGUUCUCGCCUCCGAGCCUUGCACUACAGCAGCAUGCCUGAGUUUGCUGCCUACCGCGAUGUUUCCCGUCACGACAAAACAACGACGAAUGCAAUGGGCGGUUAGUUGGUUAGAUCGUGAGCAUGCGUUCGAGAGUCGUUGUAUUCAUAUUGACCGCAGGAAGGCACCCCGAGCUGGACAUCAUAUUGCGCAGUGACUACAUGAUGGUUGGUUCCGUCCAUGUAUGAUUUGUCGGCUACCGGUACUGUAAUGUAAGUGUCGUAACCUCUACAGCGAGAACACUCUCGCUUUUAUCACUGGAGAGCGAAGCAUUGGAACUAGAAGAGAUUCGCAGUCCAUGCAUUUUCCUCCUUGCAAGGGUGCUGUUGCUCGAGUCGCGCCCUCUAGAGGGUCUAGUAGCAGUCAUGCUUUUAAUAAAGCGGCAACCAGGAACGGUUCCUUUUUGACCUCCUAUUUUAUUUCGUCAGACACACCACAACUCGAACGCACAAAGCUAGCGUCAUUUGCUUAGCCACUACUAGCUAGCUAGCUAGCUAGCUAGCCUAGCUAGCUAGCGAGGGGUGUGAGGGGUGUGACGCCUAAGCUAAGGGGUGUAACGCCCGAGUUCUUGAGGGUCACGAUGUUCUGCGAGGCUCGCCCAAUUUUUGGUUCUCUUGCGUGGAUGAUGAUCAACUCCCGUAACAAAAAUUGGCACGAGAGUCCCAGUACCGGUGUUUCGAAUGAAGGGAGUGAAGAUAUUUCGCGUCGACGUGGAUCCCGCAGCAGCCCGGGCAACGAGCCAGCUGCUGUUGUUGCCGAGGAUGGAUCUUGAGUUAGCUUUAUAAACCGAUCCAGUUCUCCGGACAAAUUUUUCCAGUGGAUCACUCUUCGUGGUGUGCAGCGACAAAACCUCUUUGACACGAUCGAGCAGAUUACUCCGUCAUACCGGUGCCCAUAUUAACAAGAAACGCAACCUGACCAAAAGACAAUGACAGCACUGGUUCAAAAGGCCCGACUAGUUGCGGCGAUUCUGCUUGGAGGUGCAGCACUUGCUUCCUCCCUUUCUAUUUCCACAGAGCCUCCAGAAAUCGCACUAGCGUUCUGCCGGAAUUGCAAUACAAACGUCGAUUGUGACGGGUAUGCCAAGGAAUCGACCUGCGCCCAAGGUCAAUGCACAAAUGAUGAGGGUCUGCUUGGACGCGAUUGCAUCUGUGACGAUGAUAGUGAAUGCUCCACCGGAAGAUGCGAUGGAAUUUUCCAAUCGAUAUGCCGAUUAAAGUUAAAGGACGGUGAAACCUGCAACAAGGAUUCACAUUGCAUCUCGGGUGUUUGUGCGGACGAUAUGGUGUGUUUCGAUCCUUCAGCACCAACUGUGGCACCAAAGGUAAGGCCGCUCACAUCAGAUCCAAGACCCCUACCGAUCGCGACGGCAAGCCCCAAGACGGAAGCAUGUGUCACGUGCGCGCACACUGCCCAGUGCGGGGAGGGUGUCUGUAACAAGGGAAUAUGCACGGAUGCCUCCGGAGAGCUCCCAAUCUACUGUGGCAGCUGUAUGGAGCACGAAGAUUGCGUUGGCGGAUACUUUUGCGCAUCGAAAGGUCUGAUGGGAAGGACCGGCAAGCUUUGCGAACGAAAGAAACGAAAUGGUGCCGCCUGCUUUGACAACAGUGUUUGCAGAAGCGACCACUGCAAUAUGCUGUUCUCAUGCGAAAGCAAAAUCCCGGAACACAAGCGAACCAAGACUGCCACCACGGCGGACAAGAUUGCUGGGGAGGCAACUGCUACACUUGAAAACACACAUUCGCCAGGAUUGUGGAUGUGGGCGUCCGUGUUUGGAGCUCUUCUUGUGUUUGCAAUUUUGGUGUUCUUGCUGUGUCGAAAGGAUGGAUUGAAGAAUAAGCUUGGUUGUUGCAGAAGCACAUCAAAAUCAAAGAGCGUCAAGAGCGACGAUGACAAAUCAGAUGAAGAAUCAAGCACCGACUCUGUUAGUUUCGACCCUUCCAAGAGUUCAUGCCCCGGCGUCACAUUUGUAGCGGUCCUUCAGGACCCCGAAGAAGUCAAAAUGCAACAUACAAUGGAGUACUGACGGCUUCCACCAUCAAACUAGAAAACGACGUCUCUUGUCUUCUUUGGCCAUCUUGAUGUUGAGUUGAAAUGAAUGUUGGCUGUUACUGGAGAAUCUACGUGUAUUAGAAGAGAAUGGCUAAAACUCUCAAUCAGUCUGGGCUAUCGGCUACUAUGUGGAUUUUAAAAUAAACCACCUCCCCCUCCAAUGACGCAAAAUUUUCCGGGUCAAAACGGUACCAUUUACCAUACCGGAAGUAGCCAGCAUGCCUUGCUUUCAACUAACUGUGUGCAUCUGAUUGGAAUGUGCAUCGUUCUCGUCCUACAAACGAAGAUGCAUACAGAGAAACACGCUC